CAAGAAGUUGCAAGUACUUCCGACGACGUGGACGACAAAACCCAAUGUAGUCAACUACAAAUAAGCGCCAAGAAGAAAGUAGAUCUCGAUGAAGAAGAGGAAGAAGAUAUUGCUGAUGCUAGUAAAGAUAAUGGAGGUCAUGUUCAUGUAGCAGGUGGAGUGCCUGUACAACCAUUGCAAG